CUAGCCACUAAAGUAGUACCAAAGAGGUACUACUGUAUUCUCCCCAUUUCUUGGCAUCACACAGCUCUCGCGAGAUUCUCUGUGUUGUAGAACAGCUGACUGUGCGGUGGGUGGUGGUGCGAAGGACUGCUAUCUAUUUCAAACAGUUAGCUAAGGCUGCACACCUGAUAGUGAAUACAAACGGUUUGUGUUCUGUUCAGACACUGAUAGUGAUUUACACCACAACAUGGCGGAGACGGAUCCCAAGUCGGUGCAGGACCUUACCAAUGUGGUCCAGACACUGCUGCAACAGAUGCAGGACAAGUUCCAGACCAUGUCAGACCAGAUCAUCGGGAGGAUUGAUGAGAUGAGCACGCGCAUUGAUGACUUGGAGAAAAACAUUGCCGACCUGAUGACCCAGGCUGGUGUGGAAGAGAUUGAGGCAGCACCUGAAAAGGCUAAAGAGGGACAAGGCUCCUAAUGGAGGAAAGUAGCACGGUGGGAAGUUGGUCCUAUACCCAGGAGCAGCGGACUUUUCCAUUCUGAUAAUGACUUCUAUUGAUUUGGUGUGUCGUUGUGUGAAAUGCUUUUUUAUAUAUUGGAUAUUGUGAAACGGUUAGUUAUGCAAUGACUUGAAAAGCUGAACUUUAUUUGUGAGCUAGAAUAGUGCGAUAUGCCCCUCCAGAACUUCAAGUGCAGGAAUGCAAGUUAUGGAUUUUUCUGCGCUGACCCGGAGGUUAUGUCGCUGCCAUCAUAUCUCAUAAUUAAAUCCCCACGAGGUGACGGCUGAUGGGGACAGUUUAGCCUGAGCCUGUGCUGAGAAGUACAACCCGCAGGCUAACAGGCCAGUGGAACCUCCCCCCCUACCACCAUGGGAACAUCUGAAGCCUGUAGUCUUAUACAAACAGCACUGUUAGUACCAAGGUGUGGGAUGCAUUCCAAUUUUAACUCAUUUUCUUCUAUUAAAAGUGAUUUAAUACAC